GAGCCUUAUCGGUAUCUGCUUGAUUCGCACUGGUCAUGGAUCCAACCUCUGUUCAAUUUCGUCUACAGACCGGCCUUUACACGUGAUAUGAUGACUGGCGGUCAAUACUACUCGGCAGCAUUGUUCAACGCCAUGCUUUCUCACUCAGUACGCUGGUGCAAGACAGAACCUGGCAUGCAAGAACUGCUUGCCCCAUUCGACGAGGGAACUGCCUUCUUCCAGACCGCUGUCACAAACUUGUUUGAUGAUCUCAGGAACGGGCAGAGUAAGGUGCCCACAGUCCAGAGUCUGCUACUACUCAGUGCUCAAGAGUGUGGUCGUGGAAACAGAACACAAGCUUGGCUGUACAGUGGCAUGGCUUUCCGCCUGAUCGACGACAUGGGAAUGUGUAUCGAUGGUCAACGUUACGCUGACUCGACCCAGUUCUCUGCCGAAGAUAUUGAAAUAAGGAAUCGCCUCUUUUGGAGCUGCUAUUUCUGGGACAAGCUCAUUGCGCUAUACUUUGGACGAUCACCUAUGUUGCAGAACUCACACNUGGAUGACACUGCCGAGAUUGAGAUAUGGAUGCCACAUGGCCUCACAACCGCCAACUAUCCGCCCAGACAAGCACACUCGAUUUCAUGUUUCAUACACAUGUGUGGGCUUGCCGAGAUACUGAAUCAAGUUCUCAUUCACUUCUACAGCCCGACCUGCGACUUAUCAUCCUCAAGCGCUUUAGCAAGCGCCCUCGAACAAAGUUCCAAGAUGAGAGCUUGGUGGAGAGAUCUACCCGAGCAUCUAAAGAUCAAUGUUGGAGCCCUACCGCAACUGGCGCCACCUUCACAUAUCGUCACGCUAAAUUGCCUCUAUCAUACCGUCAACAUCCUUCUCCAUCGCAGCUUGCUCAGACUCAGCAGCUCCAACCAUCCCUCAACGGCUACAAGCAUCGAUCAAAACCCUCUUAUACAAUGCAUAUCAUCCUCCACCUCCAUCAUAGCACUCUUCGAUUUAUUCGUCAGGACUUUUGGCGAUGGUCAUGUGGUCCUGAGUUUGGCUUACAGCUUGUACACUGCAACGUCUAUCCUGCUACUCGAACUGCAGGCGAGCCCAACCAACCCACAAAGAUAUACGAUGGAAAGAUUGUCCUACUGCCUCUCUGCUCUCGAAAGAGUAAAAAAUACCAACCCAGUCAUCGCAACAGCCUCAAAACUCAUCCGCAAAGAAUUGAUGGUGCUUGGUCUGGAUAUCCACGCUCACACCGCAUCCCCCAGCGACGCCACAGGAGACACAUCAACACCACGACCCUUCCACCCUCCAAGAUUUGUCCCACUGUCCACAGCAUCACACCAAUCUUCACAUCAAAACAUGCCGCAUGUGGUAGCCAAUCUCCACAACGAACAGCAAACUGUUGUUGGCGGCAACGGGGAACAAGAGCAGGAUAUGGUCUUUAUGGAUGCUUCGUAUCUGGAUAAUAACGGCCAGGUGUCUGGAGGUCUGGAGUAUGAUUUGUUGGAUAUGAGUCCGAGUACUUUUGAGGCGUUUACGCAGGUUGAGCCUUUGAGCACGACUAUGAAUCCUGGAUUUGAUUUCUUCUGA